AUGGCCUCCUCGCCAGAUACGGUGCCGGCGACACCGCGAGUGAUAUCCCCCACGCCCCCGCUUUCGGACCGGUCAGACACGCAGGACGGAUAUUUUGCGCCGACAACACGGUCAGCGGCGCGCCGGCAGCGUCUUUCAGAUGUCGCAGAGCAGUCCCCAGGAUCUUCGCGGUCGACAAGAUCGCACAGUCCAACUGCUACAACACCUCGGCGCUCGACGUGGCAACACCGCUCAAACCCCAAGAUCCCGGCCUCGCCGCCCUCGGUCAACCGCCCUACCUCGAACGGCUACCUAUCGCCAACUUCGAGCCUUCCCGAUGCUUUGCGUGGCAUUUCGCGGUCACCGUCCCCGCUUGGACUCAUUCCUUUACAUUCGCGCUACCGCAACUUCAUCCACCGCCAUGAGAUCCCGCGCAAGCUCCUGCACGUGUCAAUCGGGUUCAUAACCCUCCACCUUUACAGCCGGGGCAUUCAGACGCUCCAGAUCACGCCAGUAUUAUUCUCGGCUCUAGUUCCCAUCGCCGUAACAGAUCUGGUGCGCCACCGCUCAGAGAAGGUCAACAGGUUUUACAUCCGCUCCUUGGGCGCGCUCAUGCGCGAGACCGAGGUCUCCGGCUACAACGGCGUGAUUUGGUACCUGCUUGGCGCGUACACCGUUCUCCGCUUCUUCCCCAAGGACGUCGGCGUCAUGGGCGUGCUGCUGCUCAGCUGGUGCGAUACCGCUGCCUCGACUUUUGGCCGCCUGUAUGGCCGCUACACGCCUCGCCUGCGGCCGGGCAAGAGCCUGGCUGGCACGGCGGCUGCGUGGAUGGUUGGUGUUGUCACUGCUGCCGCCUUCUGGGGCUGGUUCGUCCCGUAUGUCGGGCCCUUCCCCAACGACCCGCCGGAUGCGUUCAUGUUCACUGGUCGUCUGAACCUGCUCCCGGACUGUGUCCGCGGCCUUUUGGGCUGGGAGACCGGCCCUUCGGUCUCGACUGUCGUCAAGGGCCCGCUUGCUCUGGGUGUCAUGAGCGCCGUUUCGGGCUUCGUUGCCGCUGGCAGCGAAUUCAUCGAUCUGUGGAGCUGGGAUGACAACCUGACGAUCCCCGUUUUGAGUGGUGUUGGGCUAUGGGGCUUUUUGAAGGUCUUUGGGUAG